AAACCAUCUACGAACCGGCAGGCGGAAGGCUUCGUAGCGCGCUCAAACUUUCUUGCGUUCGACUUAUAGGAAAGGUACUUCAAAAUGAAUUUUUUCACAUCGUACAGCAAUAUUGCGUUAGUGAUGGGCUCGCUGACUUUCUUCCUUAUGACAUCACUAGUGUUUGCAGCACCAAUGGAUACUGAAGAUGAGCAGAUGGAAAAUGCUCUGAUAAGUAGACCAGAUGUGAUGGACAACGAUAUAACAUGGAAUGCUCUCAAUUCUGCUGCACUUCGCAAGAUGCUGCUGCAAAUGGAUGCUGAAGACAGAUUUGGAAUCAACCGUGAGAGUCGAUCAUGGCCAAAACAGUCCCGUGGUUGGGGUGCCCGGAGUCUCGAGGGGCAAAUCGCCCGCCCAUGGCGCGCCGACAAACGCCAGGCCCGCUUCAGGCAAUGCUACUUCAAUCCCAUCUCCUGCUUCCGGAAAUAAACACACAGCUACACGGCCUGUUUUCUUGAUGACCAUUGCCAACACGUCAAAUAAUCUAGUUAAUUUAAUUUACGACUAUACAAUGUAAAUAAGCAUUUUACUGGAGUUAAAGAAACAAUAGUAGUGGUAUUUUUGUAAGGUUAGGUAAUUCAAAACAUGUAAGCUAUAUUUUCGUUCAGUGACUAAAAUGUAAUUGGAUCUCAUGGCACUUAGAUGUAUUUUCUCGGUUAGUCGUAUUUUAUUGUAACACACGCAGUAAAAACAGUCACGUAUCUACUUAAUACGGGCGUAUCCUUUUUUCCCUGUGAGAUCGAGUCCUCAACACAUUGUAAAAACGUAAAAGCCCCAAAUUGACACGACUUUAUUUCAGCCAUACUACUAUAAGAUUUUCUUAUUUAUAUAGAUUUCUUGGCAUUGAGACCAAUAAUUAAGUACCAAGUUAGACUAUACAGAAGCCGUUUUGAAAUUUUGACCAAGGUCUCAAAGAAUAAAUUUUACUUAUGAGAAAAAAUAGUUAUUUUGAAAAAUAUUAUCUUUUCUCGUGUAUCUAACUACCUAAGUUUACUUUAGGUUGAAAUAGUAUUGUAUUAAGUAGCACGCAGUUAUAAUUACGAAAUAAAAGUUGUUGUCUGUA